AUGAACUCAAGAAGUACACAUCUCACUGAAUAUGCGAUUAAACAUAUUAUUGCAGACCAAUUCACCUCCUGGCAAACAAUCAAUCCAUCAGAAAUCUAAAUAUCAAGACUGGCUGGGUUGACCAAUAUCACCUACAAGGUCGAGACCCAAGUAGAAGUCAUGCCCAGAACUAUAGUGUUUAGAGAAUUUGGAAAUGCAGAAGGAUUUGUGGAUUCCAAAUAAGAGCGAAUCAUCUUCAAAACUAUAUCUGAUUUGGAGUUGGGUCCCAGACAAUUGCAAUGUGGUGAUAUUUGGAGGAUGGAAGAAUUCGUUACCAAUGGAGUGCAUCCAACCAAUGAGAAGAUGGGCUCACCUUUAUUUCAAUUCAAAUCGAUGGGAGUCCUAUAAAAGUUUCAUUAGAUGGAAAUACCCAUUCCCAAUGAUGGCACUUCACUGAUUCUUAACAAAACCCUAUCAAAGAAUAUGAAACAUAAUGUUAUGAGGAAGAUUGAGAAAAGAGACUUGUACACAGAUGUGGAGCUCAAACAAUUAGAAAACAUUGAGUAAUUAUUGAACAACGACGAGGAAUUCAAAUAUUUGGAGGAGAUGAUUCAGAAGGAAAAUGACGAAGAGUUAAAAUUUUGUCAUAAUGAUUUAAAUUAAUUAAACAUAUUUAGUACCACAAAAAAAGACAAAGAAAUAGUCUUUAUUGAUUAUGAGUAUUGUUCCUACAAUUAUCCCUCCUAUGAUAUAGCCAAUUUCCUAAAUGAAUCUGCCAUCAACUAUUAAUAUGAAGAGGAGCCCUUUUACUAACUGGUUGAUGAAAACUUUGAUACUGCCCCUAUCUAAGCUCACUAUUUAGCUUUAAGUUAUCUACUUCAUUAGGUUUGUCAGGAUAAUAAUGAGAUCAACUCAAUUGCUGGUCUAAUCACUUAAAAAACUAAUAAAAAUAAAGAUGAAUUAAACACUUUUAUCAGUUUGAUUAAAUAGAUUUUGGCUCAAAGGAUGAAUGAAUAAUAGAUUAAUGAAUUGUUUUAAUCGGUAUCAUAUUUGAAGAGAAGAAUUAGAAGAUUGCAAAUGAUUUCCAAUUUGAAUUGGGUUUGGUGGAGUGUUCUACUUGCUCAUGAGAAGAAUUCCUUGAAUUUCGAAUACAUUGAUUAUGGAUUUUUGAGAUUCAAAAUGUUUGAGAGACUCUUGGAACUGGAAAAAGAAAGAAAAACUAUUGAAUGAAAUUGAAUUUGUAAUUAAAACAGUGUUAUAUUAUAAAAUUA